AAGACCAUGGGAAGAAUGCUGAAGCAGUUGCUGAUUUUCCCUCUCAUCAUUCUGAACCAUGCCAUAGGCUGGAUGUUCUCUGCGCCAGACUGCAGCAGCACUAGAUGUAAAUCAGCCACUUCCAGAGGCUGGAUGUUCUCCAAGCCACUUACAAUACUGAACCUAUUUCAUAAUAAAAUAGGUAAAAUCCCACCUGGUGUCUUUUCAAAUUUGCCAAAUCUCACAAUGUUGCACCUAGAAUACAAUCAGAUAACUGAACGUUCAGACGGAAACAACAUAGUUCAGAUUCACCCAGGAGCAUUUUCAAAAUUGCCAAAACGGCUUGAAAGUUUGCAACUGUCACAAAACCAGAUAACUACAAUCCCCGCGAACGCAAUUUCCAACCUACCCAACCUAGCACAUCUUUACCUAUUUUCUGUCCUAAGCGUGCUGCGCAUUCUGUUCACAAUGGACAGUAAGUUCAACCAGGGCUGUAUGAUGUUUGGCUACUGCUAUAAUUUCCGCCUCUUUAAGAGAUAG